AUGGAUCAUCUGUACGACAGUGACACCGGCAGCCAAGGCAGCAUUGCGGUCCCCUUCCUAUGUGAGUACGAAUACGAUCACGACUGCGCGUUUACAGAGUAUCCGUGGCGGAAGGGCUUCGACAAACACAAGUUCCUCGGUCUGGAUUUCAGCCAAAGACCACCAGGCCAGACAGCCGCCUUCCUCCAAACAUGGCUAUACUUUGGCCUGCUGAGCCGCGUGCUGCGCGUGGCGGUACCGACGGAGGACUUUGUGGAUCGCAUGUCCACACCGCGGCCGACGAUAACCACCCGGCGGAACCUGCCAAUGUACCUCGAGGCGUGGGCGAAAAAGGUCAAGGCCAAACACGUCCAGCAGAUGGAAGCCGACCUGGAGGAAGCGAGAUCGUUCGUGCUCUGUCUGCUCGAAGCCGGUGACGCGUGCCCGCUACCCCAGGAAGUGGUCCUCUCGAUCAUGGUCCUCGGGGCCACAUUGAGCUUCGCCAUCGACUUGAAGAUCGAGAGCUUCCCGCCGAAGAACAAGACCGUGAUAGCCGACUGGGGCGUGUCUCCUCUCAUCAGGGACAGACUGGUGCAGAACGGCUGGUGUAUCAACGACGUGCACCGCCUGUGCGACACAGUCAGUCCGCCCACCGCGGUGCUGGCCGCCGAUAUUGUGAGGCACGAAGUAGUCUCCAAGGAGAUGCACAGCGGUUGUUCCCCGGCCGGGUGCAUCGCACGCAACAUCGACGAGUCGACGUAUGAGACCAAACACGUCGAUCCCAGUUGCCAGUGCGACUUGGUCGCCGCACCUGGCGAUCGAGUGGUAGAAAUUCUCGAACAAGGAGACAUCCCCGUCAUGCUGGUCCGGGAGGAUGCAGAGGGCGACGGUCUGGGCCUCGAGGCCUCAUCCGCCCGGAGGACCAAGUUUGUCGCCAUCUCGCACGUCUGGGCGGAUGGUCUGGGCUGUACGACGGGGAACUCGUUGCCUACGUGCCAACUGCGCCGCCUCCACCGUAUGUGCAGCGACCUGUAUCCCGAACGGACUGGAGCGUCGCGGCUUUUCCGCCGGGCAGAGGGUCCCCUGGGUCUAUGGAUCGAUACGCUGUGUAUUCCAAGAGAGAAAGCGCAUCGUCGCCUGGCGAUUGCUCGCAUGUCGGCCACUUACGCUGGGGCAGCCAAAGUCCUGAUUCUGGACUCCGAGCUGUUGAGCUUGACCAAACACAUGUCUGAGAGAGCCAUUCUCAUUCGCCUGAUCGGUAGCAGCUGGGACCGUCGCGUGUGGACGAUGCAGGAGGGUGCGCUCGGCUCCAGCGGACUGCAUGUGAAGCUGGCAGAUGGGUUUGUGGACAUUUCAGACGCAGUUAAAAGACUGCAGAAGCUCUCCAGCUCCGGGAGCCUUGCAACGGCGAUAGUCGACCGUGACACGACGAUCCUCUUCCAGGAGUUUGAGCAGCUGCGCAAAGCUCACUCGAAGAGUUAUUGGCGGGACGGUGUCCCUGCGAUGGCUGCUUCACUGCGCAUCUUGAACGGCCGGUCCACAUCAAAGGAGGGUGACGCAUACAUAUGCCUCGCCGGCAUGAUGGCCCUCGAAGGCGAGAUCAUCAAAGAUCUUGAUGCGACACCCGUGCAGGAGCGGACCAGAAAGCUGCUCUCAAGCGUCCGGUAUCUGCCAAAGAACAUUAUCUUCUCGCCAGGGGUCAAGUUGCAGGAGGAUGGCUUUCGCUGGGCUUGCGCCUCAUUCUGGAAGUCCAAGUUCACCUUCAAUGAGCUCAACGAGGUGGCUGAGAUCCGAGAGGGACUUGGUCUGCGCGUCGAGUUCCAGGGUUUCGAGAUAGAGGCGGUCCCGCUGCGCGAUAACUACUUCCUGUUCCAGUCUGUCCAUACCAAGAUCUGGUACAGGGCAACACUCGAUAGAGCCACGCCGUCAUCGCGGACCUUUGACCUAGGCCAGUCCUCAAAACUCGGCAUCCUGUGUCCAGAGCGCGAGAUCAUCCGGCAAGGAGUAGGAGGCCAACAAGUUCCAGCGGCUCUCGUCUUGAUCACGGCGAGGAAGUCGGGUCUCAAGGACAUGUUCAGCAAGGACGCCAAUGCUCUCCAUUGCAAGUACAUCUCUCAAGUCGUUCUUUCGACGCCCACCGCUGCUGACAUGGAGGGAGACGCAUGCCGUACGCUCGCGCGCCGACCGAACAAUACCCAAGAGCCGUCCGGGAUGGGUAUCGUGUACACCCCGCAGAUCUGGUACAUAUCAUAA